AUUCGGCAUUUAGUUUCUUGUCUUAACUCAACAAGAUGAGAGUUGCUUGCUUCUUAGCUCUUUUGAUCGUAAAUGUAGAUGGUUGGAUAUUCGGUGGACAUGACCAUGGUACAAGUGGUGGUGAGCGAAUUGAAAUAGGAAGUGGUGGUGAUCACGGUCAUGCGUGCACAUGCGCCGGUCCAGGUGCUGAUGGAAAUGGUGGUCUUGGUGGUGGACUUAAUAUAGGCGUUAACGGGGGCGGCAAUGGUGGCGCUUCAGGCGGUGGAAACGGCGGAAUCAACGUCGACCUUACUGGUUCAGGUGGCGGUAACGGCGGUGCCUCUGUUGGUGGAAACGGUGGAGGUUCCGGAGGUGGUUGGUUCAAUGGUGGUCUUGGUGCUUCCGUGGAUCUCCCACUUCUUGGACCAAUUGGUGCUAACAUCGGUGGCAAUUUAGGUGGUAACGGCGGUGCUUCCGGUGGUGCUUCUGGGGGUGGAAACGGUGGUCUUGGCGGUGGUCUCGGGGCUUCCGUAGAUCUUCCGCUCCUUGGACCAAUUGGUGCCAACAUUGGUGGCAACAUCGGCGGCAACGGCGGUGCUUCAGCUGGUGGAAACGGUGGAGCUUCUGGGGGUGGAAACGGUGGUGGUUGGUUCAAUGGUGGCCUUGGUGCUUCCGUGGAUGUCCCACUUCUUGGACCAAUUGGUGCCAACAUCGGUGGCAAUUUAGGUGGCAACGGUGGUGCUUCCGGUAGUGGAAACGGUGGAGCUUCCGGGGGUGGUAACGGUGGACUUGGCGGUGGUCUCGGUGCUUCCGUAGAUCUUCCACUGCUUGGACCAAUUGGUGCCAACAUUGGUGGCAACAUCGGCGGUAACGGCGGUGCUUCUGGUGGUGCUUCAGCUGGUGGAAACGGUGGAGCUUCAACUGGUGGAAACGGUGGUGGUUGGUUCAAUGGUGGCCUUGGUGCUUCCGUGGAUGUCCCACUUCUUGGACCAAUUGGUGCCAACAUCGGUGGCAAUUUAGGUGGCAACGGUGGUGCUUCUGCUGGUGGAAACGGUGGACUCGGCGGUGGUCUCGGGGCUUCCGUAGAUCUCCCACUCCUUGGACCAAUUGGUGCCAACAUUGGUGGCAACAUCGGUGGUAACGGCGGUGGUAACGGUGGUGCUUCAGCUGGUGGAAAUGGCGGAAUCAACGUCGACCUUACUGGUUCAGGUGGCGGUAACGGCGGUGCUUCUAUUAGUGGAAACGGUGGAGCUUCUGGAGGUGGUUGGUUCAAUGGUGGCCUUGGUGCUUCCGUGGAUGUCCCACUUCUUGGACCAAUUGGUGCUAACAUCGGUGGCAAUUUAGGUGGUAACGGCGGUGCUUCCGGUGGUGCUUCUGGGGGUGGAAACGGUGGAAUCGGCGGUGGUCUCGGUGCUUCCGUGGAUCUCCCACUCCUUGGACCAAUUGGUGCCAACAUUGGUGGCAACAUCGGUGGAAACGGUGGUGCUUCUGCUGGUGGAAACGGUGGUGCUUCAGCUGGUGGAAACGGUGGAGGUUCCGGAGGUGGUUGGUUCGGUGGUGGUCUUGGUGCUUCCGUGGAUGUCCCAAUUAUUGGACCAAUUGGUGCUAACAUCGGUGGCAAUCUCGGUGGUAACGGGGGUGCUUCUGCUGGUGGAAACGGUGGAGCUUCAGCUGGUGGAAACGGUGGUCUCGGUGCUGGUCUUGGUGCUUCCGUGGAUCUCCCACUUGUUGGACCAAUUGGUGCUAACAUCGGUGCCAACGUCGGUGGUAACGGCGGUGGUUCCAGCGGUGGUUCCGGAGGCGGUUUUAGUUGGAACAACAAAAGACUCCAAGCUGCCAUUGCCGACGAAUUGGACAAUUAUAUUGAAGACCUCCUUCAGUAAAUAUCCUAUCGAUUUCUCCAACGGAUACAAGAAACAAUUCCAGCCAAAAUAAUGCAAAAUAGUUGCUGGCGUUUUCUCUCUUGCUUUGCAGUUGCUUUUAAAUAUUUGGACAAGGAAUAAAAUAAAUGCAUACAAACUA